CAAUAUUUUUGUUAGGAGACGACGAAGACUUUUAACUCGAUAAUUUCCUAUGGUUUAUUGUUUAUGUUAGACUUAAACAUUGCAGGACAACAAUAAUAGGGUCAUAGCUAGAUAUCGUGGGACAUAUUUGAGGACACUGAUGACAGCAGACAGUGUAAAUAUUAUUGUGUCGUCCCCAAAAGGAAUUCAUCAUUCCCGCUUUCAUAUUCAGGAUAUUAAAACCGAUUCAGCAGAUGUCGGGAAAUAUAUAUUUUAACAGAAAGUUUCACAAUGGACAACGAGUACACAAGUAUACAGAUGCAGUAUGUUCCACAGGGAUUUAAUAUGCAUUCCUAGCCACGGUCCAUAUACAGCUACCAUUCGUCGUUUAUUGCCAUGGGUUCAGAAACUUUGUAAACCGGAUAUAGUAUUAAGUUUCCAGUCGACAACUUCCGGUAGCUGCCAAGUGUCCUGUGCCUAGACACCAUCUACUUUAGUAUGCAGUUUAACAAACUUGUGGCAAGUCCCCGUGAUCAGCACCGGGCGGUUGUUUUAGAGAGGACAAUAUUCCCACCCUGCUCGGACUGCCAGACACUCAAGUUGGAAAACACAAAACUGAGGAUGGCCCUGGAGAAAUCGGGAUAUCGAAACCAAAACCAUCAUCACCAGGAGCCCGUUCGACCGGCCAUUCCUUCCAUGAAACAAGGGGUAACGCCCACUCCAAUCAGAAACCCCCGAGAGUGGUCACCAAUGACAAACGCCAGAGUUACGGAUUGGGAGGCGAUUUGGGCGGGGACACCGGACAUGGUCGCCACCCGGGCCAAACCGAGUCAGCUACUAUUGAGGCCUGGUCAAGACAUUCCCGACAGCACCGAAGCUCUGUAUAAGGAAAUAGCCCGUUUGAAUAAGGAACUGGACUAUCGGAGUGCCGAGGCACACAUGAAUCGGCGACGCCUGGGCGAGGCGACGCCUAAUCCUUCUAGGUCACGGGGCGACGUGUUUACUUCGUCCAGAUACAGGAGAGACGAAGGGCAACUGACAAACGACAAAGUAAAAGUGGGACAACAGUAUGCUAACCUGUUUGACAGGGAGUGGGAGACCGCCCUACAAACAUUGGAAGCUUCCGGUAUGGAGUACAGGAAAUGCACGGAGCUACUCUUUAAUAUUCUAGUGGAAAUUUACCAUUAUGCUGAGAAGAAAUCCGCAGAACAGCUCCACAAAAUCGUCGAGGGAACGAACGACAUUCUGUUGCAAUCUACAGAGGGUCGGCCUUUGUCAAAGUAUGAUGUGAAGUUGGUUGGUGGUAUAGAGGCAGAGAUCUACCGUAGGAAGGUGUCGGAUAGCACAGUGGCGGCCAUUACCAAGUUAUACACCGUUAAUGAUGUAGAAGAAUUCAAGAAACAGAACAUUGCACAAACGAUAAAAAAUCACAAAAAGAUCAAAGAUUACGUCAGCAAGUGUGUUGAGGUCACUUGGUGCAUGUGUGUUCAAGAUCCUGCUAUGACAUUUGAGCUCACGAGGAAGAAAGGUUACGCGUUUAACCUUUCUAGGUACCAGUACUACAGAACUGAAGGCAACACCAUUGAUUCGUUAGUUUGGCCCGUCUUGUUGUCUCAGGCACAAGGCGCAGUGGUUGCUAAGGGAUGGGCUGAUGCUGAGCCAAGUAAACCGAAACGAGGCGGCAAAUCGAAGGCGGGAACUGAUGAAAGAUCGCGACAGAAAAGUGGAAAAUAAGAUUAAAUUUUCAAAAUCUU